CUUUGAUCGUUAAGCGUCAGGAUUUUUGCGCCGCUGUGAACUUUGGGUAAUGUAGUUAGUGAAUAACAACCAUCAACAAAUAACCGCUUUUAAACACAGUUACUGUUAAAAACGUUACUCUGAUGCAAGACGGAAACUUCUCUGUGACGACUCCCAAAGUGACGACAUUGUUUGUCCAGGAUCACGUGACAUUGGAUACCCGGAAGUAAUGUCACAACUGAUAAAUGUCUGAUCGCUGGUUUGUUUUUAGCUAAAACAUGUCGGACCAGAGCUGAACCGUGACAUGACAGUCGGAGCGGGAGGUCAGGCAGAACUUCAGCUGACAUGAUGGGUCCAGGUACGUUUCUGUCCGUCCCGGUCCUGCUGCUCGGUCUGCUCUGCUGCUGCUGCGGACGUUUCCCAGAUGUUUCUGCCUGUGAGAAAGAACCGGAGACCCCGGACUGGAGGAUGACUCUGAGAACCAUCCGAAACGGGAUUCACAAGAUCGACACGUACCUGAACGCAGCGCUGGACCUGUUCGGCGGAGAUGACGGACUCUGUCGGUACAGAUGCAGCGACGGAUUCAAGCCGACGCCUCGUCCCGGCUACAGACACCCCCCACCCAACGGAUGCGGCUCCCCGCUUUUUGGAUUUCAUUUCGACCUGGGAAUCCCGUCCAUGACCAAAUGCUGCAACCAGCACGACCGCUGCUACGACAGCUGCGGCCACCUGAAGCAUGACUGUGACGAUCAGUUCCAGGACUGCCUGGAGACCAUCUGCAGGAACGUGCAAAGGACUCUGGGAUUGGCCCAGACGGUCCAGGCGUGCGAGUCAGCAGUCAAGCUCCUCUUCGACGCCGUCAUGCACCUGGGCUGCAAGCCGUUCCUGGACAGCCAGCGGGAGGCCUGCGUGUGCCAGUACGAGGUGAAGAAGGAGCUCUGACGCCUCUGCAGAAGAACACAGACUCUGAAAUCCGAUGCCGGAUAAAUAAACUUUUCUGAAAAUGUGUAGAUUUUUCUCAGGGAUGUAGCCUCUUUGGCUAAAACUAAACACUGCAAUGCAAAGUGAAUGUAAAAUAAAAAAUAGUUUCUUUUAGGUGGUAGCUAAUAUUUGUCCCUUUGCAAUCCACUAUUUAUAUAUCUAUUGUUGUAAAGCCAGAGGUUUCUGUGGUGAAAUUAAAACUGGUUUCAUUCAUGUUUUGACUGGACACUACAUUUUAACAAACAGUAAAAAGGGUUUUACAGGGUUCAAAGGUCAGCAAUAAAGCACACACCAAUUUUCUGCAA